CUGCCGAAGGUGCUCGACUUUGUUCGUAUCGCCGCGGCGCCAACUAUACCAGUUUUCUUUCCGACCGUCUGUCGAUAGGAUGCGGGGCAAUCUCGAUAACCCGAUAAUUCGUUUGCGCUGAAUUCACUCCCAUUGGAAGAUUAUCCGGCUCGAAGGACCAAAAUUUUGACGACCGGAUACAACACGGCGCUACUUUCUGUGAACGUUCACCAAAUGAAACGUUAGACUUUGAAAGUUCGAUCGCGUUCAUGGAUAUGCUGAUGAGACGCGGUUUCUAAUGUGUUUCAUGUUAGUUCAAUAAGAUAACUUCGAAAAAAUCCAGGAAAUUGGUUUGGAUCAGUUUCAUGAUGACCACACGACCCAACAUGAACUCUUCUUCCUGGACCAACAGACCGACCAGCAAAGAGGCCGAAUGGGGCUCAUUUGUGCGAUGAGCCUACGGCCUCGUUUCCCAUGGACCUCCCAACGACGGUGCAAGUACACUUCAGCGUGGGGCCGCGCCACGAAAUCGCGCUGUUUCGUUCUGACACGCCACUGGAGCAGAUCAAGGAUCUAUUCAGAUCAGCAGCAGAAGCUGGUCCGAACGAUAUCCUUAAGCUGUACGACGUCGACGGCCAUCUUCUGAAUAUCAGCCCUAGCCUUCCUUCCAACAAGUCCAGCAACCGUUACGUUUUGAAAGUGGUCGCAGCCAACGGCCUAGCAAUGCUCGAAGAAUCUGCAGGUUCAACUUUAAAAUCGUUGGAAGCUAGAAUUUCAGCUAUAGAAAGGCAACUGAAGUCUGAUCUUCCUCUACCGCCGGCUGUUGAGGAACUCAAACGUCAAGUAGAUGCUUUCAGAGAAAAACUAGAAACGUCAGAGAACCUGAGCUGGCUCGGUUUUUAUAAACAGCUUCCGGAACCCUUGUCGACCGAAGAAUGCAGACGUUUGCAGUACCGCCGCAAGAGCGACUCCCUCAAGAAGAGAGUUAAACAAAAUUUCAUGAAUAUUUGUGAUGCUGAGGUGGCUGAAUCUGUGAGGCAAUGGCUGCGCCUGCCAACGUUCGAUGCUAGUCCAUGGGAAGAUGAAGAACUUCUACUGCUGUUACAAACCAUGUUCCUGGAGUUCGAUUUGUGUUCCAAGUUCGCCAUAGAUAUAAGUACCCUGAGGAAUUUCUUAUACGAAGCCUACAAGAACUACAACGAUGUCCCGUUUCAUAAUUUUCGGCAUUCUUUCUGCGUUACUCAAAUGAUGUACUCAAUAUCCAGAAACGUCAAUAUACCAGAUAAAAUAGGCGAUCUUGAACUCUUAAUCCUACUCACUUCUUGCAUUUGUCACGACCUCGAUCAUCCUGGCUACAACAACAUCUACCAGAUAAAUGCCAAAACCGAAUUAGCUAUUAGAUACAAUGAUAUUUCACCGUUGGAGAACCACCAUUGUAGUGUGGCUUUUCGGAUAUUGGAAAACGAGGAAUGCAACAUUUUCAAGUCGUUCAACAGCGAGGAAUUCAAGCAGAUCAGGGAAGGAAUCAUCAGGUGUAUUCUGGCGACUGACAUGGCUAGGCAUAACGAGAUUCUGACAAAUUUCAAAGAAAUCAUUCCAGUAUUUGACGUAAAUGACAAAUCACACGUUAAUCUGCUAUGCAUGGUACUCAUCAAAGUUUCGGAUAUUUCCAAUGAAGCUAGACCAAUGGAAGUUGCCGAGCCUUGGUUGGACAAACUACUCAUGGAAUUUUUCAAGCAGAGUGAUGCGGAAAAACUCGAAGGUUUGCCAGUUACCCCCUUCAUGGAUAGAGAUAAGAUUACAAAACCAUCUUCACAAUGUUCCUUUAUCGGCUUAGUUUUACUACCGCUGUUUGAAGCUCUCGGCGAUCUUUUCCCAGAACUAGUUGAUCUCAUAGUCCAGCCUGUAAGGGAUGCCCUGGAUUACUAUCGUAGACUAAAUGAGGCAACACGGGAAGAGAGACUCCACAGAAAGAGCAUCGUUGCUGAAUUGGCUGAGCAAAAUACUCCCACUUCUCAGAGCUCCGACAGUUCUUCAACAGUAACCAAAUCGUCCUCCAACACAAGUGUCAAAAUGAAGAAAAGUUUGAGCUUUCAACAAAAUCGUUCAAGAUCUCGAUCUACCGACGAGGAUCCAGAAUUGAGCUUGGGCAGUGCCAACGCUCUCAACGACGGUCAGAGUCUAGAAGACGUGGCUGAGGACUCAGAAAGCGGAGACUCAGAAACGGCAACCGAGGUGGAGGUCUCGGAGAAGGCAUUAAAGUUCAAAAUUUCCACGGAAAGUAGUCUGGGGACCGGGAGGAAAAGUUAUCCAGGUUCGCGCAAGGGAAGUCGGGAAAAAGUUCAAAACUUCAAUAACUCCGAUUUCGCUCGGAUGAUGCAGAGGGGAAAGCUACGCGCAGGCGCGUUGAGUUUCGAUCAACAUUGUUUGAGCAGCGGGAAUAAGAAAUUGUCUUUCGAUCCUCCGGAGUUCCUAGAUGAAUACGCCAUCAUCCUCAAGAAGAAGUUCGAAGAGGGACUCUGUAAUCAGUAUGACGACGACGAUGACGACGAUGUGGCCAACUACCAAGAGUGCGUCCUGUCCAAGGAAACGCUGAACUUGAAUAAGAGAAACUCCGAACAUUCUGUCAAGUUAUCCACGGGUUCGGAAGAAACUCGGAGUAUCCUCAAAUAUUCGGAAAAUAUAUACAGUAACUCAGAUAAGUUGAGGAUGAACAACUCCCAAAUGAUAGACUCCAAGUGCAACAGUGAAAAUAAUACUAGCGUAGAAACUGAAAGUCCCCAAAGACAGUCCGAUAAAAUUUUCUCAAUAAACGAUCAGAGUGACAAACUGAGUGAGAUUAGUUUAUCUGCCAAAGAGGAGAAGGAGCAAAUAAACGAUUGUGAAACAAAACCCAAAUCUAUAUUCGCUAGAUUCAGACAAUUGACUGAUAGACUGGGGUUUUCAGUGGACAAAGACCCAAAGAAUAAAUUAGCUAAAACUAAUUCCUUGAAAAGCACAAGUACGCGAAACACUACACCUACUAAAGUUAAGAAACGAGUGGAUACUUCAAAACCGUGUAGUAAGAGUCUCGAGGAGAUCACUGAGAGGAGGGCCAGCACUCUACCCAAGAUCAAGAAGACAGGAACGCAUAAAAAAGGUUGGAGACUUCUGGGUAUAGGAAGAGAAAAGGAAUGUUGGGCUUCAGAUGCCGCUGUAGACAAGCUCAAAACAGCCUGUUCGACAGAUAUGACUGACUUGAUAACUACAACAGCAUCCCAGCAUAGUGUACUCGACAGUCCCAAAACCACUGAAGAUAUUCAACAUUUUUCUAAAUCUGUUUUAGAGAAUAGGGAAGAUGAUUCUUCUUACAGUGACUCGAAGAUGAAUCAGAAAUUCAUUAACGCCCAGAAUAUUUCUGAAAAAGGUCCUUUCGUUGUGGCUACAAGCGAUAAGGAUCCCAGUUUUAUUUGACAUGAGUUGGAGUCCCCAGGGCGGGAGGGCUUCACUAGGUAUAUUUUCUGUCGGUGUUGCAAAUACAAACCACAGUUUAGGGAAAAUGUUUAGAUAGUGCCAGAUGUAAUUUGGGGUAUUUAUGGUUGUUGACAUAAUGGAUGUCUGUUGAAAUAUGUAUUGUUAGAUGAUUUUUCCAGAUGCCUACAUGUGGCUAUUCGAUACAGGAAUAAAUCAUAUUAAUGAUCUCCUUUUCCUUUGCACUAUUCAAAAGGUAAGCAGCGAAUUCAAGGUGAGUUGAAUAUAAUAAAAAAUCUAUAUUAGGAAUUGAAUAUGACAACAUCACCUGAUAUUCUAGUCUCAAAAUAAGACCUCCCU